UGGUUUUUUGUAGAGGAACCGCUGAAAGGGUUUAAAGAUUUCAAGAGUGUCGAGGCAGGGUUUUAGGGUUUUACCCCCACCAUGCCCAUCACGUCCCUCCCAAUCCCCUUUGAUUUCUCUUCCUCAUCUCUCAAAUUUAGCCCUAAGUUCUCUUUUCCCUCUCAUUUCUCUCCCAAUUCACAACAAAAUCCCUUCCAUUUCUUCCAACACAGAAUCACAUUCCAUCAACAUAAAACCCACCUCCCCUCUCUCCAUAUUCUUUUCUGUUCCUCACCCCAAAGCAGCAGCAGCAACAACAAUCCCCAGUCGGACCACCAAUAUGGCCAUCUCGAGAAGCAAGCUCAGGAAGCCAUCUCUCAGCUUCUCCAAGAAUUGGGACUUCCUGUGCAGGAAUCUGACUCCAUCUCCCUCACUUGCCCCAAGUACACUAAGAUGUUGAUUGAGAGCGUGCAGGAUUUGGAGGAUUGGAAUAAGUGGAAAAAUGGGGAUGAUUUUAAAGAUGGUGGGAUUGGCGUUUUUGAGGGGUUUAAGGAGAAGGUGUUUUCAAUGGCUAAGGAAAAAGGUGAUGAUGGAAAAGCUGCUUUCUUGGAGAGUAUUGGUCUGAGCUUGCCCUCGGCUAUGUAUUUUGCCAGAUAUGCUUCUGGAGAGUCCCUUCUGACUCUUAUUCGUAAGGUUAAGUAUAUGAAGGAAAUCUUAUUUUCUGACAGUGAUGAUAAAGGGUUCUUUGGGAAAAAUGCUCGUCGUAUGAUGAUGUGCUUAUCAAUUUCCAUUGAUGAUGAUGUGCAGAGAACAUUAUCCUUUUUCCAAAAGAUUGAAGCAAGGCGGGGAGGUCUAAACAUGUUGGGUUGUGCAGAUUCGUCUUUUCAUUUUCUAGUUGGAUCAUUUCCUCGUCUCCUCUUGUUAUCAGUAGAAUCUCAUUUGAUUCCUGUAGUGGAAUUUCUUGGAAGUAUUGGAGUUCCCAAGGAGUGUGUGGGAAAGGUACUUCUGUUAUUUCCGUCAAUUAUCUUGAGCAACGUCGAAGAUAUCAUAGCAAAACUCAAAACUUUCGAGAAGGUUUUUGCAUCGAAUAAAGAUAUUGGUAAAAUAUUGAUAAAAUAUCCUUGGAUUCUUUCAGCAAGGAUUCAGGAAAAUUAUGGGGUGAUCAGUUCUUUCUUUGAUUCACAGAAGGUGCCAAAAGCAAGUGUUGACAGUGCAAUCAGAAGAUGGCCUUAUUUGUUGGGAUGUUCAACUAGCAAGCUGAAAUUAAUGGUUGAAGAAUUUAGGGAAUUAGGUGUUGGAAACAAGAUGUUGGGUCAGGUUAUUGCUACAAGUCCUCAAUUACUGUUACUGAAACCUCAAGAAUUUCUCCAGGUGGUUUCAUUUUUAGAGGAUCUAGGGUUUGAUACAGAAACUGUUGGGAAGAUACUUGUUCGUUGUCCUGAAAUUUUUGCUACCAGCACCGAGAGAACUCUUAAUAGAAAGAUUAAAUUCCUUAAUGCUAUUGGUGUUUCUGAUGAUCGCAUUCCUCGGGCUAUCAAGAAGUAUCCAGAGCUUCUUGUGUCUCAUGUAGAAAGAACUUUACUUCCCAGGAUGAACUACUUGAUGAAGAUAGGAUUGUCAGAAAAGGAUGUUGCUUUCAUGGUUCACAGGUUCUCUCCUUUGCUCGGAUACAGUAUUGAGGAGGUUCUGAAACCAAAAUAUGAAUUCCUAGUAAACACAAUGGAGAAACCAGUGAGGGAUGUGGUGGAUUAUCCAAGGUAUUUUAGUUAUUCAUUAGAGAAAAAGAUAAAGCCAAGAUUUUGGGUGCUGAAGGGGAGGAAUAUAGAAUGUAGCUUAAAAGAUAUGUUAGGUAAAAAUGAUGAGGAUUUUGCUACUGAAUUUAUGGUUGAUGAAAGAAUGCUUGUUCCCCCGUCCCCUUCCCGCGAAUCCAAGUGAAGUUAUUGUAUCAUGUUAGCUGCCAGAUAUUGUAAAUAGCAAAAAUGUAGCAUGAACGUUUUUCAAAAUAGUGUAUCCUCCUGGCUUGUUCA